AUGGUGGAUAUGCAGCGGCCGGCGCUAGAGCAGGCAGAGUUGAUGCGAGAGGAUCGGAGCAACGCCGACGACAGAAUGUUGCGCGGCGAGAGAGCAACGACCGAAGCCGGAGCCGAGUUCGAGUUCGAGUUCGAGUUCGAGUUCGAGUUCGAGUUCGGUGUGGGACCGAAAAGGCGAUCGAUUCGGAACAAGGCGAGCAGGUAG